AUUUAUUCCUGCAGUGAGGACGAUGCAGAGACGACCUGUAGAGUCUGCACAGAGCAACACAAUGGAGACACUAGCUGUCCUGUGAUUGGCUGAACGCUGACCUCAGUAUAAAGAUGGCCCACCUCUUCCUCACCAGUAAGAUCGCCAUUCCGGAUGACCUCCACAGCAAAGGUGGCGCCAGGAUUUCCCGGAGCGGCGCAAGGACGGCGACACUGAUCUCUGCCGAGAAGCUGAGCCGGGACAAGGCCCGGAGGGACCGCGGCGUCGUUGUGAUGACGCGCGUUCCGCAUAUCAACGAGGUCCAGCUGACGGCGGCGACCGGCGGUGCCGAGAUGUCUUGCUACCGCUGCACCGUGCCGUUUGGCAUCGUGGUCCUAAUCGCCGGCAUCGUGGUCACGGCGGUGGCGUACACCUUCAACUCCCACGGGUCGACCAUCUCGGUGCUCGGGCUGGUGCUGCUGUCUGCUGGACUGGGCCUGCUGGGGUCCAGUGCCCUCUGCUGGAGGCUCCGACUCAGGAAGAACAAGGACAAACGCAGGGAGAGCCAGACCGCCCUCAUGGCGAGUCAGGGAUACUGCGUGGCAUAAUCUCCGUCCUGAGCGAACAUAAAGUCACGCUGGUGGUUCAGAUGAAUAACUUCAGGGAGAACCUGAACGCACCACACGAACAAAGUUUAACAGGGACAUGAAUUGGUGAACUUUACAUAUGGUAAAAAGAUGGAGCAGCUUGUAUUCGCUGCAGGCGGCGAAGACUCUGCAGACACCUUCAAGGACAAUGAUGGUCUGAGUAAAGGACGAGUGUUUGGACACAUAGCAGCCUGCAGGAGGAUUCAGCGGGGACCACCAACCGAUGGUUCAUUAUUCCUCAAAUGUCCCAUUAGUCCCACCGAAAGCCCAUUUGUCCGACAGCCCCUUCCCCCCCAAACACAGACGCCGUCUUCCUCCCAAAAUACACAACCUCCCUGCCACAAGCAGAAGUACUUAUGGUUGAUUAUUAUAUAGAAUGGCGUCAUCGGGCCUUUUUAACAUUUGGUGUUUAAUUUCGGGAUAACUGGCUGUCAGACAGAUUUGUUUUGGUCUGACUGUUGAGGUUUCAGAACCCGGCACGUGAUGGACAAUGGACCGGAGCUGAACCUUUCUUUAAAAAGCUGAGACAAUGACGUUAAUAAUGGAUUCCUCAGACAUUUUAUUGACUCACCAAAUCACCAGAUUUGAUACAAAAUGUAUUUCUCACUUAUUGAAACAGAUUUGGUGUUUGAUAAUAAGGUUAGUUGUGGCUCUACAGAGCUGAUGUCCAGUAACUCUAACUAAAAGCUGCUAGUAAGCUAUAAAAGACAUUUAACAAGGUACUCUAUUGUUGAUUUCUUUAUCUCGUCAGUCCGUUACUCGGAUUCUGUCACAUUGUGUUUGGGUGAAAAUAUUGGAUUUGAGCUUUUGUUUCUUCAUAUUAAAAUAAACAUUUAAAGGUUAAAAACACAAUGUAAGAGUAACGUUCUGAAUACUACGAAGGCGUGUAACGACCAUUGUCGAUAAAAACAAUAAAAAUAAAAAUGAUUACAGAGCCAGGGGAAGGUAUUCCCUAAAAAAAACUUUAUUCAAGUCAAUUUAUAACAACAAACUUGAAUAUUCUCUGAAAUUAUUAAAUCACAAAUCUACGAGAAACAAGUCGUAAUUUGUGAGUUUAAUUUCAGACAAUUGUGAGUUUUUCUCACAAAUACAUAUUCUUAGAUAAUAUUCAAAAGAUAAUUUUCUUUGUACAUUUGUGAGUUUUUUCUUGUAAAUUUCUCACUUUAAAUUCAGAGAAUAUUCAAGUUUUCUUUGCAAAUUCAUGAAUUUUUUCCUCUGAAAUGUACAAAUUUAAUCUCAGAAAUUCUGACUGCUAUCCCAGAAUAUAACUUCCCUCCGCCGUGUCCGUACUAUAUAUUCUAACCAACAAUUGCCCGAAUACGCUGUCGUAGAACAAACAAACAGACGGGGCUCAUCUGCGAUAUGCCACUUUAUAUGUUUAAACUUCCAAAGUGAUGAAAAAUAACCAAAUGUCAUGUAUUCCUCCAUAUUAAAGAGUUCACAUGAAGAUGUUAAACUGAUGCUUAACUUUCCUUUUUCAGUUUAAUGUAUUCAUUGUAUUAAACUCAAAGUGCGAACAUGAGACUCUCGCUGAGGUUUUGUACUUCAGCUCGGCUGUUUAUAUUUAGUUGUGUAUGUGUUGCCUAGCGUCUCUCAGACACACGACCACAUAAACAUAAAGUUGUGUCAUCUGGAGCCGGAGGAGGUUGUGCUGACGGGUAACGGUUACAACGCGUUGUCACUUCUGCAGUGCUAACUUUAUCUCCACUGAAGAGCAGCAUCCUGGGAAUGUGGGGGGAGGGGGGGAAGGAUGCAAUGUUGCAUCACCUCCAUGGACGGACAAAAAAAUAAAUAAAUAUGAAGUCAAAUAAGUCCGACAUAAAAAGUUGUACAUUUUCGAAAAGAAAACUCCAAUAUUAUUUGUGCUUAAAGAAGAAAAGUGUUAAAUUUACAAGAAUAAAAUAAAUAAGUUUCUUCUUACGUUUUUUAAUAUGUAGUGCAAUGUUGCUGUUUCAAAUCCCUCCGAGGUCCCGACCUGCAUAAAGUAAUCUUUAAAUGUAUACAGUGUUGUUACUUUUGUGCACUUUAAACACUUUUAUUGAAAAUGGAUUAAGGUGUUCAGGUGAAAGUAUUUUAAGAUGUAAUUCUGUAAAAUACAUUUUAAGGGUUUGUCGCAACUUAAAACCCUUAAACCGCAGAUGAUCCAUUAAAUGGAAACAUGAUGUCAUCUUAAAGUCAAAACCUGCUAACAAGUAUUAAAGGGGCAGCUUCCAUUCCUGCAGGGGACCUUUGUAGUCAUACCCUUUUUAUCCCCCCCCAUUUCCUGUCUGCCUCUUCCCUGUAAACUGUCCAAUAAAUGAACAUUAAGUUUAAAAGAAUCCAUUUCUUAUCCUCAAAUCUUAAUUGAGAGAUUCAGGUCAUUUAAACUGCUUCUGUAAUGUUAGCACAUCUUGUACAUCUUCUGUUUUCUGUGAAAGUGUUUAUUUCCUUCUGUCGACCCUCAGAGGGCUGUUCUUUCACAAUAAGAGUCUCUUAUUGUGAAAAUCCUGUUUUGAAUGAGUUUACUGUGUAUUGGAUUAAACCAGACUUUAUAAGAACCAGAGAUAAUCCAUUAAAAACAGGAAACGUGGGAUUAUUCGACAUGUUAACCCCUCCGGACCACCGUGGCAGAUGAACGAUUAUAAUCCCAAUGUUGCAGGUUCGAUUCCCGCCGGAGUCCUUUAAAACCUUUUCUCUCCCCGACAUCCUGUCUUCACUGUAAACUGUUCAAUAAAGGUGAAA